GUUGCUAGGUGCUAUCCCUGCCUUGAAAUAGGCCAGAGAAACACAGCUUGGGUGAAGCGAGCAUUCGGUGUUGUAAAAGAAAAGAAACGAACUAAUACUGUUACAUCAAGAACUAAUACUGUUACAUCUUUGUAAUAGCCAACUCAAAGUGCGCGUUCAUUCAUAUCUCUAGAGUCCUGGACAUGUGGCCAACAGUUCUUAUAUUGCUGUUGUGUUCCUUGUUGUUGAGUCUUGCAUUGGCUAGUGUUUACCAUGACUACUGUAUUGUUGGAGGUGGACCGAGUGGACUUCAGCUGGGAUACUUUCUGAAGACAGCUUCAAGAGAUUACAUUGUCUUUGAAAGAAGUAACAUAUCUGGCAGUUUUUUCCAGCAGUACCCACGUCACAGAAAACUUAUUAGCCUGAACAAAAGAAAUACGGGUAAGGUCAACAAAGAGUUUAAUCUACGUCACGACUGGAACUCGCUUCUGUCACAUGACCCAGAUCUUCUCGUCACUAAAUAUUCUAGAGAAAUUUUCCCAAAUGCAGAUGUCCUGGUUAAAUAUUUGGACGAUUACCAGAAAAAACUUGACAUUAAUGUCAAGUUCAACGCCAACAUUUACAACAUUCGAACUGAGAAAAACCAAUCUUCUCCUGAUGGCCAGGUUUUUACAAUGCAAGACCAAACAGGGCAAUCAUACGUUUGCAGAACACUAAUCAUGGCCACGGGAGUCUCAACUCCAAACAUUCCAAACGGAGAUGGAAUCAAUUUAACAGUAGGCUACGAGUCGAUGUCUUUAAAUCCUGAAGACUAUGAAGGAAAAUCUGUGCUGAUAUUAGGUCGAGGCAACUCUGCUUUUGAGAUAGCUGACAGUAUAUAUGGUUAUGCCAACUUUAUACACCUUUUAGGACGCUCUCGAAUUCGUUUGGCUUGGGCAACUCACUAUGUAGGCGAUCUAAGGGCUGUCAACAAUGCUGUUUUAGACACGUACCAGUUAAAAUCUCUGGACGGUCUUUUUGAAAUGCACGUUGAUACUGAGAUGAAACUCAUCCAGAAGGGAGGCAAGAUUUACCUGCCCGAAGUAGACGAUGAACUUAUCACUGCACCAUUUGAAAGAACCAUUCUAGAACCAUACGACGUAGUAAUACGAGCUUUGGGAUUCAUUUUUGACACGUCACCAUUUUAUAACAAGUCUUUAACCCUAGGCGCUGGAAAGUUGAAAAAAUAUCCAGCAAUCACGCACAACUAUGAGUCAGUGGAUUACACGGGAUUGUUCUAUGCAGGUACAGCUAGUCAUUCCCUGGAUUUCAGGAAAUCAUCCGGAGGAUUCAUUCAUGGAUUUAGAUAUACAGCUCGAGCGCUACACAGACUGAUGGAAUGGCGCUAUGAAGGAGUCCCUUGGCCGUACAUCGAUCUCCACUUACCCCAGCUGAUGAACUAUGUUAUCAAACGAAUGAACGAAGUUUCUGGAACGUAUCAAAUGUUUCAGGUGCUUGGAGACGUCCUCAUUGUGUCUGAAGAUAAAGAAAGCAUUAGAGUGAUUGAAGAGUUCCCCAUACAUCUCUUACACGAACUGCCUCAACGUACCGGUCACAACGGGUCAGCUUACAUUGUCAUAGUGUUGGAAUACGGACAUAACUUCUCUGGACCAAACAAUGAUGUGUUUAGAUUAGACCGAGCAGUUGGGGGAGCCAUUUACGCCUCUUUAUCCAACUUCUUGCACCCUGUUAUCUACUAUUACUCUCAACUGCCCACUGAGGAAUCUAUGCAGUCUAAGUCCAAGAAUGAAACUCUGCCACGGCCAGACUACAUUCACCACAUAGUAGAGGAUUUCUACACUAGUUGGCAAAAGUCUCAAACCCACAUACUUCCACUCAGGAGAUUUUUCGAGAAAGUUCUCAGCGUGGAUCUAAGAACAUUCUAUACAAAAUCUUGUUUUCUUGUGAGCAUGACAAAAGACAAGACCAGCCAGCAUUGCAAGCAAAGCUAUUUGCAGAAUCAGGGACUCUACGGUACCAAGGAAUUAAAAUUGUCAUCAAUGUAUCGAGGACUUAUACUAACAAUCUAGCGAAAGAAUGCUAAAAUGUCACAAAAAGCAA